UGUACUUACUGUUUGUUGUUAAUUCUGAGGUAAAAAUCAAAAAGUGAAGUACACAAAUGCAUAUAUCUGUACUCACACUGGUUGUGAAGACUGAUUUUGUGUCAGAUUCCCUUCCAGAAAUACUAACAUUGGAUCAGAAUUUUUGAGGUGAACUGUGCAUAUCCAGAACAAAGAGCCAAACAAUUGAUUGAAAAUGUACAGACCAAAAUGACAUGUUACUGUUAUUAACUGAAUAAUAUGCCACAGUUAUGUAUUAAUUAAGCUGCUUUAUUUGUGGGUUUUAUUCAAAUUUGACCUCACAUUUGUAGAUAAUUAUUGGUUAAUUAUUGAUUAGAAAUAUAAAUUGAUGUAAACUGCCACACUUUCUGGAAGUCCUGUGCAAAUAUUUUCCGCAGUGGUGGAGAGUGGAACCACUUGUGGGGAAGGAGGGGUCCUUAAGUACGAGCAAACUUAUAUCUCUCCUCCUUUUAGUGCUACUUCUUUCCCUCACAUCUUUCUCCUGAUACCAUCUACAGAGCCUUGGGAGAUUUUUCAUUCAGAUGGACUCUAUAGCCCAAAGAUAGUUAUAAAGUAAGGACAAUAUCAAUAUUCAGGAGGGAAACCAGGGAGGACAUUAAAAUAUAUAUACAUAAACUGCACAUAUAGAAAGGCAAAGGUGCUGGCUGAAAAUGUUGUUUAUUCUUGGACUUUUCCUACUCGUCGUCCCACUUCCCUCCUUUGAAAGCCCAACCAUUGACAGAAGGGACUCUUUGGGAAGUGAAGGCACCAGAGUAAAUGCAGUUCUUACCUUACUAAAACCAAAAACCACUGUAGCGGCUGCCAAAGCGGCUUCUCGCUCUGCCUCUAAGCCAAGUACGGUCAAUCAGACAGUCUUAACUACUCCUACCACCACCCCAAACCCCCCAACGGCCAGCACCACAGGACCCGCCAAAACUAAGCCCAGCCCACCAGUGAUUCAAACCACUCCGGCAGCACCCUCAAAGACCGCUCCUGCCUUCGGUGGAUCUAACAAAGACAAGCUCUCAGCCUCAGUCAACCAGACAGCCCCAGCCAAACCUCAGGCUGCUGCUGAGGCAAAGGAUAGCAAAGAGAAAACUGCCCCCACUCCAGGUCCACAUGUCCCGCUGACAGCAGCUAAGGCAGUGGCAGGAAGUAGUAUAAGGAACACCAAGGAUAAAGUGUCAGUAAUCCAGAGUGUUUCAGCCAAAUCUGUGUCCAAAUCUGCAACAGAGAAACUCAACAAAAACAAAAUGCAGGCCUCUGUAAAUCAAACUACAACUGAAGCAAAGGCAACUAAAGAGAAGUCUGCCCCAAGAACAUCUACAACUGCUCAGGCCACUUCAGCAAAGACAACCAAAGAGAAGGUUCAACUUGCAGUUACAGUCACAACAAAACCUGCUUCAAGUAAUACGACUAUUGCAAAGAAGGCCCCCACUACAACAGUCCAAGAAGUUCAGUCAACUUCAACCAAAUCAGUUUCAGGUGGAGCUGCUAGAACCAACAAAGAAAAAACUGUCUCCACAGAGAAGACCACCUCCACAAAUCAAACUGUGAAACAAGCACCAACAAAAGCUCCUACCACAAAAGCUAAGGAUCAGCCCUCAGCCAAUCAGACACUGGUCCUCAAAGCUCCUAAGCCCAGUGUUGCCCCCACCCCGCCAAUCAAGGUGGUCAUCAGUGAUGGCUGUGAGUCCGGCAGCAAAAAGGACGAAGAGAUGGAGCUGAAGCCUGGCGCUCCUCUGGUGAUGACGCACAAGAUCAGUUUGGUGCCCACCAGCUGCAAGGGUGAGUGUGAGGCCAAGAUGGCUGCCCUUGAGGGACGAGUGGCUCUGCUGGAAAAAGAAAUGUCAUCCCUAAAAGAGAAGUGUGCCUGUUCUGCAAGCUGUCCCAAUGACUGCAGUGGCCAUGGCAAAUGCGAGAAAGGGAAAUGUAUUUGCCAACAAGAUUUCACUGGAUCAGACUGCAGCAAAGUUGUCAAACAAAAGCCUAAGACUACAGGAGACACAGGCUCUACAUCAAUGAAAAAAGAUGGUAGUGCAAAAGACUCAUCCCAAAUAAAGGCCAAGAAGGGAGAAUCUGAGUCCACAACCAAUGAAGGAACAAAUAAAAUGCAAACCAAAUUAGACACUCCUGUUAAGAAGACAAAUGCUACAAAGACUCAGAUACUGCAGACCAAAAUGAAGAAGGAAGAACUACGCAGAGAUAAACCUGAAGUCAUGACUCCGAAAAAGAGCAGCCAAGACACCAAGGCUGAAGAAUCUGCAGGUAAAAUAACUUCUAAAUCCCCCAAACUCAAAGAUGAGCCUCGCACCAACGUCACACAAAUCACAACAAAGAAAGUCAAUAACACAACAAAAUCUGUAAUUGAAACAAGCAAAACCAAGGCGGAGCAGUCAACCAUGAAAGAGAAGCCUACCACCCAGCAGGGCCAAAAGGAAAAGGCAAGUGAUGACAAACAAGCUGGUGAUGGCAAGGCCCACCAAAGGAGUAUAUAUCUUGUGAAUGUGACAACUGUGCAGUCAACAAAGGAGACUGGACUUCAGCAAAACAAAAGUGACAUAGUAAAAGAUCCUAAAUCAGGAGGGCUAGGAUUGGUAAGGGUAACCAAUGUUUCCUCCUAUAGCUUUAUCCUCACUUGGUCUGCCCCACAUGGCAUGUUCAAGAAUUUUACAGUUAUCCGCCGUGAACCUGAGGCUGGAGAGUUAGAAGAAGAGGAAGUCCUUGAAAAAGACAAAACAGCUAAGAAUAUCACUGACAUACAAGUGCAAAGUGAAAACACCAUCAAUGAAACAACUUUUGGUAAAGUGACGGCAACAAGAACCAAAGCAGAAGGCAGGAGGAUCUCUAUGGUCAUCCCUGGCAACACACGUUCAGUGGAAUUUAGUAACCUUCGAGCAAACACGCGGUAUGUGCUGAGCAUCUACGGUUCAAGAGCAGAGAGACGAUCCAAGACACACAAUGUAACAGUCACAACAGGCCCAGAGCCACUCAAGGAGGUGCUGUUCAGUGACCUGACUGAGAAUUCUUUCACUCUGUCUUGGAAUAAACCAAAGGGUGCAUUCACUGGCUACAUAAUUACAUACAUCAACAUCAUUACAGGGGAAAGCCAAUCAGUGAUUCUCAGUACAGAACAUACCAGUUUCACAUUGUCCAAGUUGUCUGCUGGCACUUCCUACAUCGUCACUGUGUAUACGCGAUAUGGCAGUGUCCAGAGUGACCCCCACACCACCCUUAUCAGUACAGUUCCCGCUCCUCCAACACAUUUCCAAGCCACAGAGGUUUCUGACACAAAGGCUCUCCUGAAGUGGACACCCAGUUUGGGAAAGGUCGAUCGCUUUGUGAUCAGCUACGAAUCGUCCAAAACUCCAAAUGUAACAGUGACAGUGAUGCUAUCUGGCAACACUAUUGAACACCAGCUAAAAGGCUUGCUACGAGGAACCGUGUAUUCAGUUAAGAUCUUCAGCCAGAAAGACAGCUACCACAGUCCCAGUGUGUCGACCACUUUUACUACUGCUAACGCGGUCAGGCCCAGUGAAGUAGGUGCUCGUUAUGCUGUCAUAACAUGGAAGCGCUCAACUUUUUAUCACAGCUACAGAGUUAUAUACCAGGUGGUUGGUGAGGAGGCAAAGGAGAUUAUUUUGGAUCCAACCGUCACUGAAUACAAGCUGACAGGCCUCAUUCCCAUGUCUCAGUAUACAGUGUUGGUGCAAGGUGAAAGAGAUGGGCACUACACUUCUCUUGUCACCGCAGAGUUCACCACAGGGAAAGUGCGCUUCCCUUUCCCCACUGAAUGCUCCCAGGAGCUGCUGAAUGGGGCUCUUCACUCAGGAGAGGUGGACAUUUACCCACAGGGCAGAGAGGGCCCAGCAGUCAGAGUCUACUGUGACAUGGAGACCAAUGGAGGUGGAUGGACAGUUUUCCAACGGCGAAUGAAUGGAAAGACUGACUUCUACAGAACAUGGAACGAGUAUAGCACUGGCUUUGGGAACAUCAGUGAAGAGUUCUGGCUUGGAAAUAGACUACUUCAUAACUUGACCAGUGUUGGCCCAGUCAGCCUGAGAGUGGAUAUGAGAUCUGGAAAUGACACUGCAUUUGCUCAUUACGCAAACUUCUCUGUCGGCUCAGAGGAGAAGCACUACACCCUGACUUUAUCUGGUUACUCAGGGAACGCAGGUGACUCUAUGAGGUAUCACAAUGGCCGCCCAUUCUCAGCCCGGGACAAGAACCCAGAUCCGUUGGGCAUUCACUGUUCUAGGUCCUAUAUGGGGGGUUGGUGGUACAAGAACUGUUAUAAAACCAACCUCAACGGCCUGUAUGGCAUCAACAGCAACAAUCAGGGAAUAGUGUGGAUUGACUGGAAAGGUAAAGACUCCUCCAUUCCAUUCACCGAGAUGAAAUUCCGACCCUCCACAUUUUCUCCGGCCACACACGGCUAAACAACACUCUCUUUGUGCCCAAGAAAGUUGAAUGUUAAAGUUUUCCAUCCUGUUUGUCUCAUUGUUUUGAUUGUUCAUAUUUUUGUUGAGAAAAGACCCAUUUAGAUUCAUCUGUAUUUCAGUGUCCUAGUCUUAACACCUUCAUGUGUACUGCAAAGGUACUUCACUACUGUAACUAAGUAUGCACUGUCUCGCUCCAAUUGAAUAAAUGUGGCCAUCGUGGGUCUAA